AUGCAAUCUCAAGCAAACACGAAUAAAUAGCAACAAGUCGAUCCAAAGGCAACUCAACAGCAACAACAGAAGUAAACAUAGCAAACUCAGCAAUAAUAGCAGUAGAAGGCUGAUGUAUCAAAGCAAUAGCCACAAGUGUCACCGCAAAAAUCUCCAGCAAAUAAUAAUAUCAGUGCACCAUAAAAAGAUCCAUUAAAAGAUUUGAUAAAGAAGCGAGUUGAGAAAUAGACUGCGGUUCUCAAUCGAUAUCCCGACAUUCCUCUAAUUGAAGAGGUUAUAAUUAAGACUUUCGAUGAAUUAGCCUUUAAAAUGAGUGAUCAACAAGACUACUUGAUGCAAAAGCUUGAGGAAAUCAGAAGUGUGUUUGAACAAAGCAGUAUGGUCCAGAUGAAUAAGCGACUCUAAUUGGAAAACAAGGACUUAAAAGCCAGAAUGGAAUCUAAAAUGACCACUAAGAUGCAAAAUCUCAUUAAGGAAGAACAAGAAAAAGAGAAAGAUCGACUUGACUAAGAAAGAAUAGACUAGAUAGCUCGACUGAGAGAAGAAAAUAAAAGCAUGAACACCUAACUUUACGAUAAAGAUGAGGAAAUUUACCAGCUUCAGCAAAAGCUCUUGGGUGCUCAAAAAGUACAAAAGGAUCUAGAUAAUGAAAUUAAGAGACUUAAGACUAAUGAUGAAAGCCAAACUAGCUAAAUCAAAUAACUUCAACUAGAUAAGGAUUCCAGCCUGAAGUAAAUCAAUACACUUCUUCAAGAAAACAAGAAAUUGAAUGAUCAAGUGAUUUAGUUUGAAAAGAAUCAAAGUAGUCAAUAAGUUCAAGAUAAAAAUAAAAUAUCUGAAACUUCUACAAAACUAGUUGACUUAGAAACAAAACUAAAGGAUAAGGAUCAAGCAAUAAAAGAUAAGGAUCAAGCAAUAAAAGAUAAGGAUCUAGCAAUAAAAGAUAAGGAUCAAAUUAUAAAGGAAAAGGACUAAACAUUAAAGGAAAAAGAGGUGACUAUGACAUAACUAAAGAACUAGAUUGAGCUAUGUAACUCAAUUAUUUAAUCUUAAGAAAAUGAAAUUAAGAAAAGCCAAAGUGAAUAUAAUGAUGCUAAACUUAUCAACAACUAAAUGCUUCUUUAAAUUCAAAGUGAUGAAAAACUCAUAUUUGCUCAUUCAGAGUCAUUGAAGAAAUAUGAUCUAAUCAAAUAAUAACUAGAGGCUGAGAACAAGAAUUUAAAGUAGAAAGUUAAUGAAUUAGAAUAAGACAUCUAAAAUAUUAAUGGUAGCAAUCCUAACAAUGACGAGGGAAAUAAUCAUAAUAUCUCAAAGAUCAAUUAAGAUUAGACAUUGAAUCAAAGUUAUUUGUCUCCAAGAAUGUCAUUAUCACCUUCCCCAGAUGCAAACAAACGCAAUGGUAAACAAGUAGAUGAAUAGGAGAGACAACUACUCGCAGAUAUGAACUUUUCAAUGGAUCUUUUGAAUUCAGUUAAGGCCUCUAAUCAAGGAAGCAGAAUCCAAAGCCAAAAGAGAAGUCAAAGCAGUAAUCAUACUGCAAUGAAACAAAAGGAUCUUUCUAAUUCAAGAUUAGGGAAUAAACAAGAUGAGUUUGUGACUUUUGCUUAAAUUAGAAGCACAAAGAGUAUUCAAUAUCUAACUUAAGAGCUUCAAUAAAUAAAAGAAUAGAUUUAUUCAAAGCUAAGGUUCCUAUUAAUCAAGGUCAUCGCAAGUAAAGAAGAUUAGCCCGAGGACAUUUACGGUAUAUUCAAAAAUUCUCAAGAAGAUCUUGGCUAAUUCAUCAAGGAUGAAAUAAAUCAUCUUUAAUAAAUUAGCAACGUCAUCAAUGAAGUUAUCUUACAGUCUGAGGAUAGUUUCAGUAAAGUUCAUGAAGAGAAAAUUUCAAGCAAGCUUAGAUAGAUAAUCAGCGAGGAUAACUAAAACGGUGAUUCAAAAUUAGAAGAUAUCAUCUAAAGGCUAAAUGAGCUUUUUGACUCUCUUAGAGACGAGAACAUAGCUUACAAAGCUCAGGUUGAACAGAACUAUGAACCUAAGAUUUAACAACUAAUUUAGGAGAACAAAUCAUUAAGAGAUGGUCACAGUUUAUAAAAGUAUGAUUCGGUAAGUAUCCUUUAAAAAUUUAUAUUAUUCUAGAUACUCAUUGAAAAUGAUAUGUUAAAGCAGGAGAUAUUGAAGAUUAAGCAAUAGCACAAUGAGAUCAUGAAGAUAGAGAACUAAAAUAACCAAAGUUAACAGAUAUUAAUUGCACAAAUGACUCAAGAAAAUGAGAGCUUACUGGAAAAGGCUUAAAGACUUUCAGAAAACCUUAGAGAGUUAGCAAGGGAAUUAGAAUUCAUGAGGGAAUCAAAGGAGAGAUUAGAAAGGGAGAACUUAUACCUGAACAAAAAAUCAGAAUAAUUAUCUUAAGAUUACAAGAAUUUAAGCAAGAACACAGCCGCUCCAAUAUCUCCAAAUAAUAAAGAAUAAGAUUAAACUAAUUUACCAAAUGAAUUGAGAAAAUCUUCGGUGUCAAUGCAAUCUUUUGGCACAACCAAUAAUCAAAAUCCCUACAGAAGAAGUCAGCCAUUCACUAAGUACCUGAACGAAAAGUAAUCGUAGCAGUAAUCAGAGUAAAAGAAUAUCUAUUAGCUUCCAGGUAGAUACUCAAACGUCAACCCAGAUGAAUCCCUGAAAAAGAAAUAAAUUGAAACCGAUAAACUAAACUAGUUGAUCAAUGAAUACAAGAGAGAGAACACAAAAUGCACAUAAAAGAUCACUGAGUUAAAAGAUAAACUUCAAAACACAAAGUACAAGUAAGCUUUUAAUAUUCAUUUAUAUAGAUUCUAUAUUGAUAGGAAUAAUAUGAGAGAUUCAUUUAACAACACCAAUGGCAACGAAAGUAAUUAUAGCAACAGCCCUUCAAAAUCAGUCUUAAGCUCAAACAAAAAGAGUAGCAGCAAUGGCUUCAGCCAAGGUAAAUCGAGCUAAUAUGGCAGAGGCUUUUCAUAACCAACCGUCAAUGAAAGAAUUACAGAUGGAAGAUACUCUUGA